UUUAGGGAUUAGUGGAGUAUUAGUUUAGGGGUUGCUAAAUUGAAAAGAAGAAAUACGGCUGUAAUAAGGAUUAUUAUACUUGCAUUACAUGCAUUAAAUUCCACGGAUUACAACACUCAAACCUUCCAUUCCCAAACCCUCUCUCUCUCUCUCUCUCUCUCUCCCCGACGCCAUUUGCCCUUUGAUCUCUCAGCUCAGUAGGACGCCGUGUCGAGUUGAUUCUCCGAAAUGUCUCAGGACAUUCAAUAUGCCAGAAUGCUCGGAUUUAUGGAUGAGGAUAUGAUUAGUGACGCAGAAGAUGACUCAGUUGACAUUGAUGGCAUAUUUGGCUAUGUCUGUUGUAUAUGCGAUGAUGGUGGCGACCUUUUGUGCUGUGAAGGGAGGUGCCUUAGGUCCUUUCAUGCGACUGUAGAGGCUGGAGUGGGAUCUGGUUGCAGAUCUCUCGGCUUUAUGCGAGGUGCUGUCGAUGUGAUGUCAACUUUCUUAUGCAAGAACUGUAAAUUUAAACAACAUCAGUGCUAUGCUUGUGGGGAGUUAGGGUCCUCUGAUAAAUCUUCGGGUGCCAAGGUUUUUCCCUGUGCUUCCGCGAUUUGUGGUCGUUUUUACCAUCCUCGAUGUGUUGCAAAGUUACUUUGUCAAAAUAAUAGAGAAUCUGCUGAAGAACUUGAAGAAAAGAUUUCUCUGGGGGAUUAUUUUACGUGUCCAGUUCACAAGUGCAGCGUUUGUCAAGAAGGGGAGAAUAAGAAGGUCCAUGAAUUGCAGUUGGCUGUGUGCAUGCGUUGCCCUCAAUCGUACCAUAGGAAAUGCUUGCCAAGGGAGAUUGCUUUUGAGGAGAAGGGUGGAAAAUUUGGAGAAGGGAGAUCAAUACAAAGAGCCUGGGAUGAUCUACUUCCAAACCGCAUACUAAUAUAUUGCACGAAGCAUGCGAUAAACAGCUACACUGGAUCUGCAGCAAGGGACCACAUAAAAUUUCCCGAAUUUGAAGAGAGGAAGAGAAAACAGGCAUUAGAGGAGCUUGUAGCUAGAAGGAAAGCUCCAUCUAAAUCAAGAAAUGAUUACUAUGAAGAGUUGUGUAGGGGGAGAACUGUUCCCACGGUAUCCAAACCAAAGCAAAAACCAGUAUCUAAACAGGAGCAAAGGCCAUCUUUUGCUGUGAAUCAUGAGAAUCCAGAUGUACUUAGUGUUGAUUCAGAGAGGAGAGUAUUGGAUCUAAUGGAAAAAGCUGCAUCUUCAUUAACUCUGGAAGAUGUUAUACGUAAGUACCCAAUUCCGACAACUCAUGCAUACUCAUCAAAGUUUUUUGUGAACAAGAAGAUGUUAUUAGGAAAGGUGGAAGGCUCGACUGAGGCUGUUCGAACGGCCUUACAAAAACUAGAGAACGGGUGCAGCACUGAAGAUGCAGAAGCUGUCUGCGAGCGUGAUGUUCUUAACCAGAUUUUUAUGUGGAAGAAGAAGCUGCAUGUUUAUCUCGCUCCAUUUCUUAAUGCCACGCGCUACACAUCCUUUGGCCGCCAUUUUACCAAGGUGAAGAAACUGGAACAGAUUGUCGAUAGGCUCCAUUGGUAUGUUCAGCCUGGAGAUAUGAUAGUGGACUUCAGUUGUGGUUCCAAUGACUUCAGUAUCCUAAUGAGCAAAAAGCUUGAACAGACAGGGAAGAACUGCUUGUAUAAAAACUAUGACUUGUUUCAGCCAGAGAACGAUUUUAAUUUUGAGAAGAAGGAUUGGAUGACUGUCAAAAGAGAGGAGUUACAGAAAGGGGCGCCACUGAUCAUUGGACUGAACCCUCCUUUUGGAGUCAAAGCAGCUUUGGCGAACAAGUUCAUUGACAAGGCUCUUGAAUUUGAGCCAAAGCUCCUCAUUCUUAUUGUUCCACCAGAAACACAAAGGUUGGAUAGAAAGAAAUCACCCUAUGAGCUGAUUUGGGAGGAUGAUCGGUUAUUAUCUGGAAAGUCAUUUUAUCUUCCUGGAUCGGUCGACGUGGAUAACAAACAAAUCGAUCAGUGGAAUUUGAUAUCGCCGCCACUUUAUCUUUGGAGUCGUCGUGAUCGAGCUGCUGAGCACAAGGCCAUAGCUCAAAAGCAAGGCCACUCCUUUGGAAGAUAGGAUGAGGGUGGAAGAGGUUUAUCUGAGCAAAAGCGCAUGUAGAUUUGUAGUUCCAGGAAGAUAUGGUUAUGACCCGAAUUAGGAUCAGAGGUUGAGAAAUCAUGAGAAAGCACAAUAGAACCAAGUAAGAUUAAUACUUAGAUGAUUUUUAUUAGUUCUCAAACACUCGUUUCAUUAGUAAAUUUAAA